AUGCGUCUGUACACUGCCAAGGAGACAGCAGGACAUGCCAGGUCGGCCACCAACGGAAAAAAAAGGGUAGUGGCAAUCUACUUGUGCACCAACGGGGUGUCGACAUCAUUUUACAAUGAAAUCAUGCACAUUAUUGUCGUCAUCACGACAGCCCAUGGCCCUAAUGUGUUUCAUGUAAAGAUCUUUUUACUUCUAUCUGUAUCGUGUGAAUCAGCAAUGGCGACAAAGUGGAAUCACUGCAGAGUUGCAACAGCCCCGCCCAUGGAGGUUCAUCCACCAUAUACGGACGAGCAUCGUUCCCAAACAUGA